AUGUGGACCUGGGCCAUCGCCGCCGCCUUUGCCGCCGCCGAAGCCGACCCCGAGCGCUUGCCUACGAGGCAGCUAGCUGUGGGCAUAGAGGCCGGUGACCCCGCGUCCGUGCGGCAGCUCGUCACGCGGCUGGUCUGGCUCGAAGAUGCGGUGCAAGCUCUGCAGAGCGAGCUUGCAGAAUCGCGUGCGUCGCAGCCCAAAGCGACUUGCUCUGGCAGUCCAGACGCUGCUGACGACAAGUGUAACGAAAUGAAGGCGGCUGGCGAGGCGUGCGCCGUCGCAAAGCGUGCCGGUUGUGCCCUCACGUCAAUUCGGAAGGCAGGAUACACAGCAACCGAAGCGCGCGCGGUGGGAUUCACCCUUGCAGAAAUGGAGGAUGCGGGCUACAUUGAGGGCCUUAUGGCAGCGGGAUACACAGCACAGGAGGCGAAGGAGGCUGGGUAUUCAAGUGGCGAGGCGAAGAUUGCUGGCUUUGUCAACGGGUUGCAGUCGGCUGGGUAUCAACUGCUCGACGUCAAGGCGGCGGGCUACACGCUGGAGGAGAUUAGGACGGCCGGCUACUCGUGCAGCGAUGCCAAAGAAGCUGGCUACACUCUGCAGGAGAUCAAAGCGGCCGGCUACUCGUGCAGCGACGCCAAAACGGCGGGCUAUACGCUUCAGGCGAUCAAGGCGGCGGGCUACACGCUUCAGGAGAUCAGUACGGCCCGCUACUCAUGCUCCGACGUCAAGGCGGCGGGAUACACGCUGGAGGAGAUCAAGACAGCGGGCUACAGCCUGGCGAAGAUCAGGACGGCCGGCUACUCGUGCUCCGACGUCAAGGCGGCGGGCUAUAGCCUGGCGGAGAUCAGUACGGCCGGCUACUCGUGCUCCGACGUCAAGGCGGCGGGAUACACGCUGGAGGAGAUCAAGACAGCGGGCUACAGCCUGGCGAAGAUCAGGACGGCCGGCUACUCGUGCUCCGACGUCAAGGCGGCGGGCUAUAGCCUGGCGGAGAUCAGGACGGCCGGCUACUCGUGCUCCGACGUCAAGGCGGCGGGAUACACGCUGGAGGAGAUCAGGACGGCCGGCUACUCGUGGGGCGACGUGAAGGCGGUGGGCUACUCUGUGAGCGACGCCAAAGAAGUUGGCUACACUCUGCAGGAGUUCAGGACGGCCGGCUACUCGUGCGGCGACGCCAAGGCGGCGGGAUACACGCUGGAGGAGAGCAGGACGGCUGGCUACUCGUGCUCCGAUGCCAAGGCGGCGGGUUGCACGCUGCCAGAGACCACGGCAGCGGGCUACACGUGCAAGGAGGCCGGCUAUACGCUACAGGCUGCGGGCUACGUGGAGGACCUCAAGGCGGCGGGCUACUCUGCAAGCGAGGUGAAGGCGGCAGGCUAUACUACGCUACGGGAGAUGAAGGCAGCAGGCUUCACGCCCUUCCAAUGCCACCAAGCGGGAUUCGGCCGUGCUGAGCUGAAGGAUGCCGGUUGGUACUAUGCUGCGUACGACGAUUGGGAGCGUCCCCUACGCGCAAAGGCCAGCAAGGCAACCGCACUAGCGCAGCAACGGUGGCUGGCUGGCGAUGCCGACUGGAAAAAUGCCGAGGAGUCGUCCACCUUUGCGCGGAACUGCGACCUCAGUCAGACACACCUGGUCAAGGCGGCCGAUGCAAAGUGGACCUCCUCCUCCCACUGCUUUCAGUGCGCUCUCAACACCGUGCAUGAGUGCGACGAUUUUGGCGACGACAUACACACCUUCCCAGACAUUCGCAGGAAGUGGCUGUCUGCUCAAGUGAGCGGGAGCGUUCACUAUCCGCGCGUCCGCUACAUUGUGGACUAUCCGCCAAACACGCCGCGACUGCCCUACCAUGACCACCCCGGCGGCGAGGAGUACAUCGUCUUUACCGGCCGCUUCGCGGACACAAACUUUGCGCAGGCCUCCGCCGCCGUGCCGCCACCGCCUCGACCGCCAUCCUCAGCCGGCGCCCACCCCGCCGCAGGGCGCACCGAGAUCCUCACCUGGUGGGGCUUGAUGCAAGCCACCUCCGCCACCGAGUCUGCGCAGCACGUGGCGCUCUGCCCACGCCUCCUCGUUCCACGGCAGCGCGAGGCCAGCUGGAUCGACGGGCCACGGCGUGGGUGGGCCAUCAGCAAGGACGGGCUCGAGACGCGGAUCGAGCGCUGGGCACCACACGCGGAGAAGGCGCGCCUCCCAACGCCGAAGGCAGGACCUAUCAAGGAGAUCUACCUGCUGCGCGGGUCGCUGUCGGCGGCGCAGCGCGUGGAGGGUGCCACGGCGGGCGAGGCGUUGGGUCUAUUGGCGGAGGGAGAUUGGAUCUGCUUUGCGCACGAGGUCUCGCAGGUGGAUGCCGCCGCCGGGCCCGACGGCGCGACGUUGCUCGUCAAGGAGCUGCUGCCCUACGACAGCUGGCGGCGGCACGUGCUGCAGGACGUCAGGCAAUCCUGGCACAGCUGGUCGGAGCCACCUUCGCUUCUCACGAUCGCGAUCGACCUCCGCUGUGGAGGAGGGGGGGAGUGUUGCGCCCGGCAGUAG